AUGUCUUUUGUUUCAGAUUUUUCAGAUUUUUUGGUUCUGCUUGACAUGAUAAUUUGUUUAGCUUUCCUGAUUGGUGUAGGAGUCUGCUGGAUUUCAUUGGAAAUGAGACGAUGGGAUUUCAGAUUUGUGGGAAUCUUGAUAUUUACAUUGUGAGGUGGGAAUCGCUCAUCAGUUUGUUCGAAAGGAGUAGGACUUGUUUGGGAUGAUGCACUGCAAGCUUUUGGGUGCAGAGAAUGGCCGCUCCGUUCUGUAUGAGGAUAA